AUGGCUGGCACGGCAGUAUGGCUACUCCAGCAGCUCAUACCUCCAUUACUGCUCACUUACUUCUACUUCGGGUGGAAGAUAACGACUUUCGAGACGCCUCAGAUAUAUAGGACACUACCAACACUUCUUGUUGGAUCAAUAACGAUCGUCUAUCUUCGACUAUACUUCUUAUCAUCUACCCAAUCUACCCCUCCAUACGAUCCACCUCCAGCUAUAAGAAACAGGAAGAUCAUAUUUCAGUGUCUUUCACCGUCUGAAGCUAAAGCUUUACGACUGGCGAAUGAUGCUGCAAAUCAAUACGACGAAGAACCGAUGGUCGAGCGAUGUCAUAGGGACAGAUGCGGAGGAAGAUGGAAACCGGCUAGAACGAGACAUUGUAGUAUGUGUCAGAGAUGUAGAGGUGGAUGGGAUCAUCAUUGUCCUUUUUUCGCAAAUUGCCUGACUGCACAAUAUAUGCGCUCGUUCCUUGCUUUACUGCUAUAUACUCCUCCAACAGUUCUGCUGCUUUCGUUGCCGUUAUACAAACCACUGUGCAAUAGAGCCAUAGCUGCAUACGCUUUUUCAAGAUCCAGUGACGAGAUAAGGCAAUAUUGGUGGGACUGGUCGUAUAGCUGGGUCAUAGCUGGUGGUCCUAUAGGUCGAUAUGCGGGUGGAAUGAUUUUAGGAUGGAGGGAGUUAGAUAAAAUGGACAAUGACAAAACGCUUAGAUUGGGGGUAGGUUUAAUGAUUGGAUUUGGUGUGUUAUUGGCCCUCGUAACAACUGGUUUAGCGUUUAGUACGAUAACGUUACUUGUUAGAGGUAAUUUAACAAUCGAUAAAGGUAGAUCAACAGCUCACAACCAGGCUCUCCAUGCCAUUUAUAAGUCCAAAAUGAGUGGACGGUCUAUUCCACCUGAAUUAGAAAUGAAUCUGAAACGGUUUUCUGAUACGCGUCACUUCUAUGUCCCAUUCCCAGAAUCCUUUCAGAAUAAUGGAAAAGAGGGGAUAGUAUUACCAAUAUUAGAUCAUGAGAGACCGUAUGAUCAUGGAUGGAAGAAGAAUCUCGAGAUUGUGUUGGGAAAAGGAUGGGCUUGGCUGCUACCUUGGAACGCUAUGCAACGCGGCAUGGGAGACGAGAUGUUUUCAUGGCCCAUUGAGGAAGGGGUAAAGAAUAGGCUGAUGGAGGAAGCGGAGAGGAUCGCUUUAGAAAUUCAAGGAGAUAGUUGA